AUGAGUAUCAUUCUGGGGACUCUGUUGGAGGCCUUCGCCGAGACGGAUCAAGAGGUUCUGUCUCACCUCAUCAAGAUCCAAGCCAAUUCUGUCCAAGCUUGCGCAGCUGAAAAGGCACUUCGCAGAUUCGAGAGGAGAAGUAGGACGGAACUGCAGACCAUCAACCUGGACAAUGUUACUACUCUCGACGCUCAUAUUCGUCUUCUCGAUCUGCAAAAUGAAUGCAUGAAGCGCGAAUCUGGAGGAAACGCCGAAAAGAGACUUGUCUUUGCUAAGCUUGACAUAUUAGCUACUCUGGAGAUAGAAAUCAUCACCAACCACAAAUCUGAGCUGGAAAAAUUGCCUGCUGAACUGAGAGGGUGGUUUGCACAAAGAAGAGAAAUUAUCGAGGAAACUCGCGUUGGAUAUUCUGAAGUCUACAGAACCAUCGUCUUCCAAAAUAUGUAG